AUGGUCUCAACCCAUUCGACCAACACCCUUGAGUGGGGUGUGAGGUACAAGAUUGCCAUGGGUUUAGCUUAUGCGCUGCUCUAUCUGCACGAAGAAUGGGAACAAUGCGUGGUGCACCGAGAUAUCAAAACAAGCAACAUCAUGCUUGAUUCAGGAUUCAACGCGAAGCUCGGAGACUUUGGAUUGGCUCGACUCAGGGACCAUGAGUUAGGUCCACAAACUACGGGUUUAGCGGGAACUCUGGGCUACUUGGCUCCGGAAUACGUAACCACAGGAAGGGCCAGUAAAGAGUCAGACGUGUAUAGCUUUGGGAUAGUUGCAUUAGAGAUUGCGUGUGGGAGAAAGGCGAGGGAUCGCAUUGAUGAAACAUUUGAUCUAGGGUUGGUUGAGUGGGUUUGGGGUUUGCGAGGAAAAGGCUAG